CCCACUGAGCUCUCACGCGCACUCCGUUACACCACUCCGGAGAUUGUUUAUUUGAAACCCCCGAUGAUAAACUCACCCUCGACUCCAACAGUGACUAUUUCAAUUGAAUUAAUUAAUGUUAGGUAAUUAAUCAACGAUGCGCGGGUUCAUUGCAGUAUUAUUUCGUGAAAAAAUUGUGAAGUGAGUUGAUGAAUUUUGCAAGAGGUGAGGUGCAUAAAACGUGUGCCACAGGGGGGAUGAAGAUGACAACGAGAAGUUGAGAAUUUUUACGAAUUGUUUGACGCAUCUAGUGCGGCGUAAGAAAGUGGGAGAACGGGAAAAUUGUAUUAUGUUAGGAAAGGGAUUAUGUGUGAUACUGAAGGUGCUGCUGUUGGCGCGAAGCGCACUCGCGCUUUUGCCGGAGGGCCUCGAGGAUCAAUCCAUUAUUAUCGGAAAUUUGCAGGACGAUUGUGCCGCUCGGUGUCCCGAUCUAGACCUCACUCAGAAUCGUACAGAUGACGCCAGUACAGAAGUGGGCUGUGGAGUUCGUUGUAAGAUAGACCAGUGUACGAAAGGCUGCGCAGCAUGGGAACAGGCACUCGAGACGAGUUGUCAGACAAUUUGCAAUGGUACACAAGAGCUCCUGCCGCCGAAGGAGCUCUACUGCGUCCUGGGAUGCCACGACGCUCUCAACCGUUACUUCCAGCAGCUCAAAGCGGAAAUUGGCGUUCCACCGGCCCCGGCCCUCGUGGCAGACUCAUUGACGGCAACGUCUCUGAGACUCGAGUGGAAAGGCGUUGAUAUCAAAAGACGAGCUAUUGGUAUCUCUUACUUGGUGCAAUGGAGGUACGAAGAGCUCGCAGAAACGUGGCAAUACUGCAGAAAUCAGUCGUGGGGGGAGGAUGAUCAGAUUUUAGUUGAGAAUCUUCAACCUUAUACCAAAUACAGAUUUCGCGUAGCAUUGCUAUUAAAAUCAUCCCAGCACAAUCCUGAGCCAAUAGUAUCAGCUCCAAGUGUUGUUAUAUUGACAUUGGCAGCUGGUAGACCGACCUCAGCACCAGUAAUUGUAAGAGCAGCAGCAGUAGACAGUUACCGUGUCUCUGUAUCAUGGGAACCUGGCCCAUUUCCCAAUGGUCCAUUAUUAUCCUAUGUAUUGCAAUUACAAGGGGCUAACAACGACUCCCUUAACAAGGAUAUUCCAGCGCCUGACAACACCGACCACUACAUGUUUCAAAAUUUGAAACCAAAUCAGAAUUACUCGGUCAGUGUCUCCAUGAGGAAUGCCAUCGGCGAUGGACCACCAGCAGUUAUUUACAUCACUACGCCAUCGGAACCAGCUGUAAAAGACACUCAACAACCAAUUCUGAUCCUCGGCGGCGAGCACGUAGUCCUAAAACAAGGUGCAGACAUGUUGGACGAGCCGAGCGUGAUAUACCGAGCAACAAGUAAAAUUCGAGGCGUAGCUAUUCACGUGGCCUCAGCCCAAUUAUUCCUAUCGGACUCAACGGGCCACGUAUACCGCACCUCGAUAUUCGAAACGACCGAGCCGAAAGUAAUUCUCCGUCCCGACCAAUCGAAUUUCAAGCCGCUGAGCCUCUCAGUCGACUGGCUAAAUUCCCACUUAUACAUAGUAGGUGAAGUUAAUCACGCGACAACAGUCUGGCAAAUUGCGCGCUGUACGCUGGAUGGAAGAGGUUUGACAGUGGCAAAGGCUGGAUUUAUGACCAAGCCGUCCCACAUCGAGGUUGACCCGUACAAUGGCUAUCUUUUUUGGGUCACGCGGGGGGGACUAUUCCGAUUAGAUCUGGCGGACAUCAGCAAUGGAAUUAAGCACGAGGUCCAGCCUUACUUGAUGCUGGAGGACAGGCAUCUCGGGGCCUUCACAGUGGACCACACGAAUUUUCGGCUUUUAGUUCCAGAUCACACGAAGAACACCGUUAUCUCGGUGUCCCUGGACGGAAGGGAGAUCCUGAACCUUCGAUCGAACACGCAACAGCCGAAAUUCAAGAACGUUCUAUCCCUGGCGAUGGCGAAUGGUCUCUUUUACUGGACAAACGGCGAAGAGGUUCUAACCGAGGGCUACCACGCAGGGCAGAAGCUGUACUUCCACAACGCCUACCCGGACAGAUCGGACGGUUCCUUCGUCAGUGUGAACGUCCUAAUGGACGCCAGUCAGCCAGUCCCGGUCCCGGUGAACCCCCCCACAGGAGUUCAGGCAGUUCUGGGCGCUGAACGAGCCAAAGUCUCGUGGCAAGCGCCGCACCUGCUGGGUGGACAGGGCAAGGGCGCCUGGCAGAACUGGUCGUACGAGCUCGAGAUCAAGGACGAGAGCACUGGCCACACCAUCAGACAACGCGACAUCGCAGGCUCGUCGCACACUGUCAAGAACCUCCGUGAGAAGUCAGAGUACACGAUAAAAGCAGCCGCGUACACGAAAGCCGGCAGGGGCCCCUGGUCCUCGGAGUUCCGGGGGAAGACCCUCAGGGAGAAUUCUCACUCCUCGAUUCUCUGGUCCGCUGAUGAGGGAUUACUGAAGAGCGACGUCACCGGGGAGAAUGUCCAGACGCUGAUCCACAGGGAGAGUCUCAGAGACUUCGACAGCGAGUACCACAUCGUCGACGUCAGCUGGUACAAGGAUAUCUUGUACAUUGUUGGGAACAACUCGGCUCUGUAUAAGUACAAUAUAACCAGCCAUCAGAAAACCAAGUUUAAUAUAAACUCGGUGGGAAGUGUGGCUGUCGACUGGAUAGCGAAGAAGCUCUACUGGGCGAAUCCAAAGCAGCAGAUUAUAACGAGGGCUAAUCUCAAUGGGACGCACCAGGAGCCCAUGUCGAUCUUGGCAAUUGUCAAGGAGCUCAUAAUCGACUCUCAAGAGGCUUAUCUCUACUGGUCGACAGGCCACGCAGUCGAAGUGGCGAGACUGAACGGCCUGGACAGGAGGUACUACCACUCGGACGAGAUCUUCAAUGGCAAACAAGUAAUGGGGUUGACCCUGGACACCGAGAAUCGUUUCGUCUACUGGAUAGUCCGGAGCUACGAGAGUGGCUCGAUAGUCUAUCGAGCCCCCACUUCCGAGAGGAUCCCAAUGAGCCAGAAGAUCGUCCCCGAGAGGGUUUCAACGCUUCAACAUCCGAACAUGCAGGGCCCUCUGUGUUAUUUUUCCGAGCACCUCCUCUGGCUCCAGGACGACAGAAACGCCGUGAUCGGGGAUUUAACGGGGCAGAAUACAGCGGUUAUCAAUGGCAUCAGCCUGAUAGGGCUGCACAUGGUGGCUGUGGUGGACCCAGCGCUGCAUCAGUACCCGGAGAACCUCACGUCGGAGACCAUCUCAGUCAUUCCGAAUGCAGUUGGACUGGACAGCAUCAGGGUCGAGGGCUCCUGGAGGAACUUCAGUGUCUCCUGGGCGCCGGUCACCAACAUCAACUACGGAACUGUCUUCUACGAAGUCAAAUUCGCGGAUUACAUCAACACAAACUCAAACGCGGAAAUCACGACGGAGACGAGUUUGCCGUACAACAAUUCAGAUCAGAUCCUGCCGUACUCCAUCCUCGAGGUCACUGUGAAGGCUUUUACGUAUUGGGGGACUGCUCCGCACUCCAGGAAGAUGCUGAGGUCCCCCCAGAGCGUUCCCAGCCAGCCCACCAACGUCAGGGCCUUCGUCGAACACUACAGAGCACCGACAAUCGAAGACGUCGAUAUCUUCGUGACGUUCAGGUGGAAUCCCCCGGAGUUCCAGAACGGCUUGAUCCAGGGGUACUCCCUCAGGUGCUGGUUCCUGGAUGAUGGCGUCGAGAUUCACGUCUGUCAAGGGGUUCAAGUGGGCCACGACGCGAGGGAGUACAUCUCCCACAAUUUGAGGCCAAACACGACGUAUCGCUUCGAAGUGCAAGCGUUCACAGACAUCGGGCCCGGUCCCUUCUCAGACGUCAUCGAAAUUUCCACGGGAAUGGAGCAUCCGGUGCCUCAGCUUCUCCUGGCCACCACAGACUCCGUUAAAUUAGCGGACUUGGACCUGGGGACCAAUGAGACACUGACGAGACACAUCGCGGUCGAGGUGAGGUACAUAGCAGCCGAGAAUAAACUCUACUGGAUAAACGAGAUGCAGGAGAUUGUGACUGCGGACCUCAAGGGACGAAAUGCGACGAAAAUUCUGUCGUUGAAUGGGACUGCGUCGAGUCUGGCUGUCGACUGGGUGGCGAGGAACCUCUACUGGGCGGAAUCCCGCAGGAAAAUCGGGGGGAGUAGAAUAAUGAAGAUGGAUUUGAGCGCCUGGGAGGGGGGGAGUCUCAUCUUCGAGAGAAUCAUCACGAGUGAGAGGAGGAUAAUAAACUUGGAGCUGUCUCCUUUGACCGGGGAUCUCUUCUGGAUUGAGGUGACAGAGGGCAAUCAUGGGAUGGUGAUGCAGUCGAAUUUAUCUGGGGAGAACGUGAGGCCUUUCUUCAAUCACAAUGAGGACUGCAGUUGUCCGGACAGACCGCCGGUGAAGGACGUGAUGACAGUGGACAGUACAGACCCCCGAAACCCAGUGAUGUACUGGGUCUCGUUGGACGGGGGCUUGAACAUCGCUGCCAUCGACGGAUGCGGCUGUGACUCCGUGGCAAAACCAGGGUUCAACAGGGGACUGCCGCCCUCAUCCCUGUCAGCUGAUAAAUUCAAUAUUUACUGGUACAACUGGGCGGACGACGAGAUUCACUUCGUGAAGAAGAAUAAUCCUUACCAGGAGGACGAGGAACAGAGGAUCGAGCGAAUCUACCUGGCGAACAUCAAAGGACUGAAGGCGAUUGGACGAUCCCUCCAACCGUACCCCGAUUUGGAUUGCUUGACCCCUUACCCGAUGUCCUAUACUGUCUCUGAAGUGUCCAAGAAGGCUAACAGCAUAACAAUCAGACUACCGAAGCCGGAGUCUGACCUGCAGUGCAGGAGGUACAAUCUACCAGGGGUUCAGUACACAGUUUACGUGUCCCAGUGCGCAGAAGACACUGUCAACAACCAGAUGAUCUGCGACAACGAACGGAUUAAGAUUCAGACGUACCAGAGGGAGGUGGAAGUGUCGAGCCUCAAGCCAUUCACAUUCUACAAAUUCACAUUGGGACUGAGUAAUUAUUACAGAGACCUGGAGGCUUCCAGUCUCCAGCACGGCUCCCCGGUGAUGCUGAGGACGGCCCCUGGCGCCCCGUCGGCCCCGGAGAACGUCACAGUGGAGGCGUUAACUCCAACUCUAGCUGCGGUUUACUGGCUGCCCCCGAGGAUCCUGAAUGCUGCUGCUGUUCGUUACGAAAUCCACUGGAAGUCUGACAAGCUGGUGAACGGGGUUCGCCAGAAGGGAGAGCAGGUGGUCAAGAAUGCUGGCUUCUCUGCUGGGAGGUACUCAACGACCCUCCAGCCUCUGGUACCAGGACAGGAUUACGUGGUGACAGUCAGGGCGUCUCCAGCGGAUUCUUCUGACGUCUGGAGCGAGAGUGACAGCCAGGUGGUCAGCAUGUACCCAGAGCCGAACAAUCUCACGCUGAUGGGAGCCAGUAUCAACGCCCUGAACCUCUCCUGGGUUCCUACCGUUGACCUGACGACCAGUUACAUCCUCCAGUUCACGACUGUGGGCCUGGAGAAGUGGCAGAUUGCGACUGACGUUGAAAUCCAAAGGAACAGAACUGUUUAUCACAUCAAGGGGCUUCUAUCGAAGACCUUCUACAAGUUCAGACUGAUACUGAGGUAUCCGAAAUACAAGGAGGAUUUCGUCUGGCCAACAGACGCCAGGUUCACCUUCCAAACCCUCGGGGACGUUCCCAGCCCCCCUGGAGUCCCCUCUGUCACGAAACUUCGGAACUCGGUGUAUCAGAUUAACUGGGAACCUGCGCAGGCCCAUGGCUCCCAGGUGAAGAUGUACAGACUCCAGGGGAAGAUCGUUGGAGAGCCUGGGGAUCACGAUAAGCACGAGCAGUGGACUAGCUACUACAAUGGCACUGAUAACUACUGGAUAAUCGCCGGGGAGAUGAAUCACAAGUACAGAUUCAGGGUUCAGGCGGAGAAUGCUUACGGCUUUGGGGGGUGGAGUCAACCCAGUGCUGUGAUUGAUCUGACUGAUACCAUUGGAACAACAGUGGCAGGACAACAGCAUCUGGGGCUGGUCCUGGGACUGAGUGUCCCAGUGGUGACGAUCGUUCUCCUCUGCUUCUGCUACUUCCUGUGUCUGUACAACAAACAGAGGAAGGAAGUGAAGAAAGCUAUUCUUCCGCCCAUCGUUUCUGACGUGGAACUGGCCACUCUCAGGGAAAUCCCUCGAGGCAAUUUCGUGCAAUCGAACGCUCUCUACGCCUCGUCCAUGCAGAAUGACCAGGAUGAUCUGUCCCUCCCGAAAAUCCGAAGGGAUCAGAUAGUGAGGAUAGCCUUCUUGGGGAGUGGAGCCUUUGGGGAGGUGCACAAGGGGGAGGCCAAGGGCCUCGAUGGCCCAGGGACUACCCCUGUGGCUAUAAAAACCCUGAGGAAAGGGGCCUCUGCCCAGGAGAAAACAGAGUUCAUUCAGGAGGCUAGACUGAUGAGCCAUUUUAAGCACAAACACGUGCUGAGACUACUUGGGGUCUGCCAGGAUAUCGAUGGGCCUCAACUUGUGCUGGAGCUCAUGGAGGCAGGGGACUUGCUGACGUAUCUCAGGAAUAGCAGGAACUACGCGCCCACUGAUCCUCAAGCCCUCAGGCUCCAGGAUCUGCUCGCAAUGUGCGAGGAUGUUGCCAGGGGGUGUCGAUACCUCGAAGAACUGCACUUCGUUCAUCGUGAUUUGGCCUGUAGAAAUUGUUUGGUCUCUGCCAAGGAUCGUGAGAAUCGAGUGGUCAAGAUUGGGGACUUUGGACUCGCCAGGGAUAUCUACAAGAACGAUUACUACAGGAAAGAGGGGGAGGGCUUGCUGCCAGUUCGUUGGAUGGCUCCAGAGUCCCUGAUGGACGGGGUCUUCACGACGCAGAGCGACGUGUGGGCCUUUGGAAUACUCAUGUGGGAGAUUACGACCCUCAGCCAACAGCCCUAUGCUGCCAGGAGUAAUGUGGAGGUGCUGCAGUAUGUGAUGAAUGGGGGGAGACUGACCCAGCCUGAUAACUGUCCUGAUCAACUCUAUGACCUCAUGCAACGCUGCUGGAGCGAGGCUGAGGCCAGGCCCAGUUUCAAGACUUGUUUGGAGAGGAUCAUCGUCCUCAAGAAAAAUACUCCGGAUGCUAUUUUGACUCCUGUGCAGGCGGGGCAAUAUCCCAAUAGACGAGGCGUGUCUAACAUGGCUUACUUUGCUGACGAGAAUCAAAAUCAUAACAAUUCAGGGAAUUCAUGGAAGUCGAGUAGCUCCGAAAGCAGUCGAGACAUGAAGCCCUUCCUCCAGGACUCAACAACAACGACUGCCACUCAAUUAUCCACAGAGGUGGACGUGCCCAAGUACCUCGAGAUAAUAGCAGAUGCUCCAGGCACUAUUGGAGAGACUGUAAUAGACGAAUACGAGGUGCCAAGGUCGAUACCAAUUGGCAGUAUAGCCGGAAUAUCUCCAGACGAUCGAAAACAUUUGGACAGUAUAUUAUCAAAAAUAGGAUCGCUGGCUUCAGUGGCUGAAAAAAGUCAAGCAUUGAGUAAUCCAAGACUAGUUAUAUCAGCCCUGCCCACUGAUUUGAGGGCAGCAUUGAGUGAGAGAGCUAAAUUGAAGCGCAAAACCGAUGAGGGAGCGGAAAUGAGUGCUGAUGAGAGGAAUUGUAAUUCACUCAGCUCGUCAAUCUCCUCCCUUCGUGGAGCAUUACCCUCCACUAGGCCAAGUUCGUCUGUCCUAGAAUCUCAACCGAGUGUUACGUUGAAAAAUGACUUGAGUAGCGUUAGGGAUAAUAAUUCGACAUUAAGAUUGCACAAAACACACACGUUGAAUGGAAAAGCCAAUAUAACUAUAAAUAGUUCGCUGUUGAAUUUGUUGAGACAGAGCUCUGGGUUUGAGGAUUCUGGUCUCAAUAUUGUCACGUAUACAAAUGUAAAUACCGAUUCAACUAGAGUCAAUUAAUCCGGGAUAUCUCGAUAAUGUGCCUUUCUUUCAUUAUCAUUUAUAAGUCUAUUGUCACUUUGCCACAUUUUAUUUAUGUAAAAUUCUAGGGCAAACAAUUUUCAUCCUUGUAAUUCCUAUUGUAUUUAUUAAAUGAGGCUGGAUUUAUAUUUAGUUUUUUAAUUUUUAAGAGCCAACGUAUUUAUUUUCAUCGUAAAUUGUAUAAAUUUGUUAAGUUUUAUAUGUAAAGAACAAACAAUGACACGAAUUUGAUAUGAGAGUUGUACUGUAGAUAGGUUUUUAUCACACGAAUAUUUAAAUUUGGGAUCAAAAAUAGAUUAAGAUUUUUAUAAUGAUGUAUAUAAUUUGAGAAGAAUUAUGUAAAUUUAUUGUCGUCUUCAUUUUUUUUUUCUAAAUGACGAAGUAUUUUAUCUAUCUUCCAAUUUUUCUUUUACAGUCAUGUGAAUGUAGAUUAAUGUCUUCCUAAUGCGCUCAGUUUUGUAAUGGUCAUGACUUACUGUAAUGUACAUAGAAGAUAAUUGUUGACCAAAGAAUAAACAUUUGUCAGUUAA